AUGUUUUCCGCGCUCAAGAAGCUGGUGGGGUCGGAGCAGGCUCCGGGCCGUGACAAGAACAUCCCGGCUGGGCUGCAGUCCAUGAACCAGGCGCUGCAGAGGCGCUUCGCCAAGGGUGUGCAGUACAACAUGAAGAUCGUGAUCCGAGGGGACAGGAACACGGGCAAGACAGCCUUGUGGCACCGGCUGCAGGGCAAGAAGUUCGUGGAGGAGUACAUCCCCACACAGGAGAUCCAGGUCACCAGCAUCCACUGGAGCUACAAAACCACUGAUGAUAUCGUGAAAGUUGAGGUCUGGGACGUAGUUGACAAAGGAAAAUGCAAGAAGCGAGGCGAUGCCUUGAAGAUGGAGAAUGAACCCCAGAAGGCGGAGUCCGAGAUGGCCCUGGAUGCCGAGUUCCUGGACGUGUACAAGAACUGCAACGGGGUGGUCAUGAUGUUCGACAUCACCAAGCAGUGGACCUUCAACUACAUUCUCCGGGAGCUUCCCAAAGUGCCGACGCACGUGCCUGUGUGCGUGCUGGGGAACUACCGCGACAUGGGCGAGCACCGCGUCAUCCUGCCCGACGAUGCGCGAGACUUCAUCGACAACCUAGACAGGCCCCCAGGGUCUUCUUACUUCCGCUACGCUGAGUCCUCAAUGAAGAACAGCUUCGGUCUCAAGUACCUGCAUAGGUUCUUCAACAUCCCAUUCCUGCAGCUUCAGAGAGAGACGCUGCUGCGGCAGCUGGAGACGAACCAGCUGGACAUCGAUGCCACGCUGGAGGAGUUGUCCGUGCAGCAGGAGACCGAGGACCAGAACUACGACAUCUUCCUCGAGAUGAUGGAGGCCCGCAGCCGUGGCCACGCGUCCCCGCUGGCCACCAACGGGCAGAGUCCAUCCUCGGGCUCCCCGUCUCCUGUGGUGCCUCUGAGUGCAGUGUCCACGGGGAGCUCCAGCCCCAGCACACCCCAGCCGGCUCCGCAGCCGCCCCUCCAGGCCCCCUCAGCUUGCCCGGGGCCGCCCUGCCCCUCGGAGGCGCCGCCAGCCCCUGCACACACCCUGGUCCCCGCCGCACCCCCGCGGCGCAGCAUCAUCUCGCGGCUGUUCGGGACCUCGCCGGCGGCCGAGGUGGCCCCUUCACCCCCAGAGCCGGCCCCAGCUCCAGAGGCCCCGGCUGGAGUCCAGAACGUGGAGGACUUUGCUCCUGACGACAGUCUUGACCGCAGCUUCCUGGAGGACGUAGCCCCCCCAGAGGAUGAAAAGAGAGUUGGAGCCAAGGUCCCGCAGGACAGUGACAGUGAUGGGGAGGCCCCAGGAGGGAAUCCAAUGGUGGCGGGUUUCCAGGACGACGUGGACCUUGAAGAUAAGCCGCCUAGUAGGCCCCUGCCUCCCACGGGCCCCAUCCCCAGGGAGCACAUCACUCUGUCCAGUGAGGAGGAAGAGGAGGUGGCGGCAGGGCGCCACGAGGCCACCGUCCUGGCCCCCCAGAAGUGCUCUGAACCAGGGACCAAACGUUCCUCCACGAAGGCCUCGAGGCCACACCAGGACGCAGCUCCCAAGGCCACAGAGCCCCACUGGCCAGGCGGUACCGAGGGCUCCUCUCCGGGGCUGGAGGACGGGGGUGACAAGCAGGUGUCAUCAGAGAGUGACCCCGAGGGGCCUAUUGCCGCCCAGAUGCUCUCCUUCGUCAUGGACGACCCUGACUUUGAGAGUGACUCAGAUGCUCAGUGGAGAGCGGGUGAGUUUCCGGUGCGAGAGGACCUCUCGGACGUGACGGAUGAGGAAGCCGGCCCUGUCCAGCCGCCCCCGCCCCCCAAACCCCCUGCCCCCUCCUUCAGACUGAAGAACGACUCGGAUCUCUUCGGGUUGGGGCUGGAGAGCACGGGCCGCAAGGAGAGCAGCGAGGAAGAUGAGGGGGGCCGGCCGCCCUCGAAGGACGAGAGGAGGAAGAGGAGGAAGGGCGGAGAGGAGGAAGCGAAGGCCGCGCGGAGGAGGAGCCGGCGGAAGAGCAGGGACCCGGCGGAGGCCGAGGGCCGGGAGGGGCGGCGGCGGCGGCGGCGCGGCACGGAGAGGCCUGCGGUCCACGAGCUGGAGGCUUUCCUGGGGGGCGGGGCCCCGGGCGGCCACCUCCGCGGGGGCGGCGAUUACGAGGAGCUCUAG